AUACAUCUAGUUUUUUCAUUAAAAAAAUACUAUUGAAAAUGAGAGUAUUAACCAAAACCAACUAAGCACCGCAAGCUUAGCUAGAGAAAUGGAGGCCAAAACCCCUUGAGCCAAAACCCUAAAAAGAUUCAGAGAGAUGGGAGGGAAAGGAAAGAAGAGAAGAGAGAAGAAUUACAAAGAAGCACAUGGAGUCGGAAAGAAUCGAUUACCUCCACCGCCGGUUCGUUCAUCUCUCGAUGUCAUUCCCUCUAAGCUUCGCAAACUCAUGUCUUAUACCUCAGGAUCUGGAAAGUUACAAGUGGAUGGUGAAGAGAAUAAGAGAGGCGGCGGUGGCCGUGGUGGCUCAGGUGGUGGGAAUUUAAUUGAAAAUAAACUUUCUACAAAGGAUAAAUCUGAUUCUGUAGCUUCUGGGUCCAAGACGGAAGAUGCCAAUGACCAAUAUAUGGAUACGGAAAAGAAAAAGAAGAAAAGGAAAAGGAAGCAGGUAGAUGACCUUCGGUUUGAGGGUGAAUUAGGUCCAGUUGGUUCAAAAAGGAAGGAACGCAAGAAAAAACUUCUGGAAGAAAGGAAAAAGAAACAUAAGAAGGUGAAAGUAGAAGACGACGGUUUGAACUUUCCUGGUCGUGAAGAGAUUAAAUUUGGAGAAGUUGUCCAAGCUCCACCAAAAUUGGUCAAUAUUCCCAAGCGAUUCGGGUCUUCAGUAAACGCGUCUCAGGAGAGGAUACGAUUGAGAGCCAUUGAGGCCUAUAGGGAUCAAAAGAAAUGGGCGUCGAGACCCGGACUCCACCUUCCGACAACAGACAUAACACCGCCAUCGUUAUAGUGUUUCCCAUGACGGUAUUUGCCGUAUCCCUAAUAGUUGAUGGCAAGCGCAGCUUGUACUAGACGAAAACGUUACCAUGAGAUAGAAAAUAGAUCAUUUUUCCAUGUUAUCUUCCAAGUAAGAAUAUACCCUAAACCUACAUUUUUGUGUAUUUGUUGAUGAGAAUUAUGAAAUAUUCCCAGUUACUUUC